AUGGUUGUUAUUUCGUUACCAACGACAAUCGAAGAUUUUGAGGGUGAAAUAAGUCAUGUGGUAGUAGCUGGGAAUGAAACUCUAACAUUCAUUAAACCAUCCCAAUGGCAAGAAGAAAGAAAAAAGAUCUCUCUUAAAUUGCGCAGUUUGGCGCAAUCAUUAAAGAAAUUCAAAUCAUUAUCGGCGGUAAAAUCUGGUGAAGUCUAUAUCGCAAAUGUAAAAGGCUCACUGGAACGAUCAUAUAUUAUUCGAAGACCAGUGCCUGAUACAUACUCCAUUUAUCUCAUUGACAAAGGCAUGCAGUGCGAAGCACAAUUCGAUGAUAUUUACGAAUUUCCUCCGGAAUUACUGGAUUUCGCAUUAUUCAGUUGCGUUUGUCCGGUCUUCGUACCAUCCGCUGAACAACUUAAUACCUAUAAAGCUUUCAUAGGACACAAAUGCAAGUGCGAAGUGGAAACUAUAUCGAAGUCGUUCGUUGUGUUGGGAUAUGUCCGUGGUCGAUUGUUGGUCGAAAAUGGUGACACUUAUGAAGAUUUACAAGACAUUGUUUAUGGAAGGCUGGUAAAUGGGCUGCGUAGUUCCGAUAAAGGAUCCAUUAGAUGCAACAUGCCAGCUAAGGUAGCCGAAGCAGAUACAGUUUCGUGGACAGCCACUGGACAAAUAGAAGACAGUUCCAGUAGCGAACUAACUUACCGUUGCUCUUCCACGGAAAAAGUUGUGCAAGGAACACCAAACGUUGGCUGUACUUCGAACAGAAGAAGUUCUACCGCGUCAAAAAAGAUCAAAUACGGCCAGCAGCACGGCAGUCAUAUGGAUGCUGAAUUAGGUCCUGAAUAUGACAUGGUAAAGGCUCAAGCACUAUUCACACAAACAGCGUUCGAGCAGUACAAACCUGACGUGAUUCCAACGAUAAUAAGUGUACGCUUCGAUAAGAAAGAUCGAGGAUUGGGCAGAUUUUGGGUUGUCAACAAGAGCAUAUUUACGACAGUUGAACGGGUAUUGAAGGAAAACGCCAAAAAGAUAACAGGGUUCCCACUGCUACGUCAAAGAUUAGAUGAGGAUGUUCCGUUAAGAGCAAUACCUUGUGUUGUACGUACCCGAGCUGAAAGUGCUUACAAAGCCUUCUACCGUGCAGUUCCUUCUCGAUAUGACACACGUACAAAGAGAUUUUCAAUUUUCCUGGUAGAUUUUGGUUGGUUCAAAUGGGUGCUGGCUAACGAUGUCAUCGAUAUAUCCACCAUGGAUAUGUCUAAUCCAAUUCGGAAGCUGCAAGUGGCAAUGAUACAUUGUCAGGAAGAUGUUACCAGUGCACUACAUGCUAAGGAUCUUUCGAAGGGAGAAAACUGCUACAUGAAAGUGAAGGGAUCCCUGAUUCAAGAUGUAUAUUUAGUUGAUUUACUGAAAGCUCACAGCACUAUGAACGAUCUUCUGACUGGCAGCAUGGAAGAGACUGGAGAGGUUUCGGCAAGCAAGUUGAUUAAUGAAACCUGUGAGCGACAGCUAAUGGCAUCAAUGAUGUUGGGAACGUUGAACACUGCAAAUCGUGAUUUGGCACAAUCCCAACACAUCUGGCCGCAUUGUUGCCCUCCACAGUUUUCGAUGAUGAUGCCGGUAGCCUUGCCAAUGAUUCCAGUGCCAGUUCCAAACACAAAUUUACCGGCUGUUGGAAAUGAACAGAUCCCGAGGCUUCAAAAUUUACAAACAAGGAGUAGUGAAAACACCCAUGUUCCUCAAAGUAAUGCUAUGGACUCAGCAUGUUCCCGAAAUUAUAUCCAUCCAAGGUUCCAGGGCAGUAAUUUGCAAAAUAUGCAGAGAGAAUGGUAUGGCAGCGACUUGCAGGGAAGAAAUAGAAUCGGUUUUACGUCAGCUGACAGGGCAGGAAAUUCCUUUGAUGAAGGUAAUGGUGGUUUAUCUUGGGAGCAGGCAUCCAAAUUUGCAAAGGAUCACCGCAUGUUACGAAACAAUCUCAAUAAUAAUUCGCAAAGAGUGAGACUGACAAGUUGGGAAAAGGCCGUUGCUGCAGACCGUGCAUUUCGAACACAGAGAUUUACUGCCGGAGAACAAGCAGCCUUCCAUGUGGAUGAUGAAUUGAAUCGACUUACAUAA